AUGUCGGUUCCCGACGAGGAAAAUUUGCCGUCGCAGUCACAGCUUUCAUCUCACUUUUUCUGCGAUCUCCUUGAUUCCAUUAUAGUUGAUGUGGCAUCAGAGUGUCACAGAAUAGCCAAGCUGGGGCUUGAUGCUAAUAUGGAUGAAGAAGACGAAGAAUUGAAGUUGUCAGCACAAGCGAGGGCUAGACUGGCAGAUCCUAGUAAUAGUAACGAAGCAAAUGGCAAGUAUGUGGUUGACUUAUUUGGACAAACUCAUCCUACCGUAGCAAAUGAAAUAUUCGAAUGCAUGAAUUGUAACCGAUCUAUCGUGGCAGGGAAGUUUGCUCCUCAUUUAGAAAAGUGCAUGGGGAAGGGUAGGAAGGCUCGUUUGAAGGUAACAAGAAGCAGCUCCGGGUCAGGCGCACAGAACCGUUAUUCACGAGGCAGUUCUGCUCGUACAUAUUCAAAUCAAUCUAGCAACAAUAGUAGCGUGAAUCGGUCGGCAAAUGGAAACCCUAGUUUAGCCGGUGACGAGCACUCAAACGGGUCAUCUCAGCUAUGA